GGGUGUGCUCAGCUGUGUGGAAAUGAGAGGGAAAAGUAACAUUCUCCAUCACGUACCCUCCCAUACCUUUCUCCACUGGUUUUGGCUCUUUAAAAGCCGCUGCCAGUGGUUUCUGACAGCCUCAUUAUCAUCAUCUUGGCUUGAGGGAAUUCCUAUCCACCUUUCGACACAAGGGCAAACUGCAGUCAGAGGAACUAAACUAAGAUAGUUAAGCAGAGGGAUCAGAAGUCCUCAGUCAACAAGUCAGUUGCAGGAGACUGUUUUGUCAUUUAUUAGUGGACAGCUUUCAGUGUGAGAUGCUUCUGUAUUUAAACAUCCUGCUGCUGCUCAUCCUGCAGCCAGCUGUGUCGAGUCCAGUGCCGCUGACCACACCGUCCAGAGGAUGUCCCACCUGUAAUACAAAGUUCACACAGAGUCAGCCGACUGUAGAUUCAAAUACCACCGCUCUGGCUGUUGGAGAACCAUGUGGGGUCUACACUCUGAGCUGUGCCAACGGUCUGCGGUGUGAACCUUCAGAGGAGGAGCAGAGGCCUCUCCGUGCCCUGCUGGAAGGCAGGGGAGUCUGCACUAACACCAGCAGCGUCAGCCCGACUGAAAGUGUCAAGACUCAAGACCCAACACCUACUGAGGAUCCAGAUGAGGCUCCAUGUCGUAAACUGCUAACCACCCUUAUCAAAGGUCUUGAUGCCCAUUUAUUUAAGUCACAUCAUGACAUCUACAUGCCCAACUGUGACAAGCGUGGUUUCUUCAGGAAGAAGCAGUGUUGGUCGUCUCGAGGUAAGCGACGUGGCAAGUGCUGGUGUGUGGAUCAGAACGGCAUGCCAGUCGCUAACACUAAACAGAGGGGCGGCCUGAGUUGCUGAAAUGCAUGAAGCGUGGACUGAAGCAGAGGAGGCUGACGCUUCAUUACCGAUACAAGAUAAAAGAUGAAGGAACACCACACAGAGUCUGAAGCAGCUCAGCACAGUCUCACAUUUCAUUCUCCACCAGCCACAAACAGCUGUCCACCAAUGAAAAGCUGUUUCCAAAUCAGGUGUAACUUUGUCUCCUUGCGCCCUCUACUGAACAUGUUAGGACUGUAUUGAUUAGAUGUUACUUUCACAUCUGCUUAUAUGAGAUGUAGACUAUAUUAGAUUUAUAUUAACAUUUGAAAUUAUCCAGACAAUUGUGGCGUACGUUGCAGAAACUGCACUUACAGUUUGGGCCACAUGUUCAAGUUGUUUAUCUCCAUGUUGAUACCACUAUCCUUUAAUAUCAUGAAUCCAUUGAUAUUUCAUGCCAUCAACCAAGUUUCAGGAACAGUAUGAUUUGGAUCAUUGUAUCAUUUUUUUUUUUUUUUUGACUAUUGUACAGCGAGCUUGAGUGCCAUGAAAGGCGCCUUAUAAAUAAAAUGUAUUAUUAUUAUUAUUAUUAUUAUUAUUAUUAUUAUCAUAUUUAUAAAUAUAUUUUCAGAUUAUUUUUUUUUAACUUUGAAACCACUGUAACUGUAUUACUGUAAUUUCUGUACAUAAUCUCUACAUGGAUUCCUAUUUAUGUUAUUUUGAUAUGGUAUUAUAUUUAUGUUAAUAUUGCUCAAAAUUUGAAUAAGUAAUUAUAUAGUGGUUGCCCAUUAGACCAGACAUCUAUGGUAUAAUGUUGAACACCUGCAUUUCUAAUGCAGAAUUAGUUAAGGGCAUUAUUAUUGUAUUAUAAUGAUUUUCUGUUUGGGAUUGAAGAAAACGUGCCUUUAAAACAAUGAGAGGAGGUGUCUUUAACAAAGGUUAAAACUGGGCAGGAUUACAAAUAUAGAGAGACUUGGUGUGGAUGCUCUGUGGAUUUUGUGCAUUU